CUAUUUGUGUUUACAAAUUUACUUGAAUAUGAUAGGAUCUGUUCUUGGAUUAUUCUGACGUAUAUCUUUUCUGGGGAUGAUGCAGAUGUUGAGAAAUGUUAUCAGCAGUGCGAUCCUGAAAAGGAGAACCUCUGUCUAUAUGGGCUUCCAAAUGAGACGUGGGAAGUCAACUUGCCUGCUGAGGAGGUGCCUCCUGAACUUCCGGAACCAGCACUGGGAAUAAACUUUGCUAGGGAUGGGAUGCAAGAAAAGGACUGGUUAUCACUCGUUGCAGUUCACAGUGACUCCUGGCUGCUUUCGGUUGCAUUUUACUUUGGUGCACGCUUUGGGUUUGGCAAGAGUGAAAGGUAAUUAUACUUUUGAAACACCUGUUCUAUUUGUGAACUUAUUCUAAAUGGUGCACUGCUAUAUUUUUAAUAAAUAACUUUCUAAGAUAAUUUUUUUCUACUGUCUGCUUGACAUUUUGACAAGCUAAUUGAACAAUACCGAUUAUGACUGU